AUGGGUCGUACGGACAGGACGUGCUUCCCGUAUGGGAAGGAAGGAAAACCAGAAAAAUCACAUGAUUUACAGGGUGCUGCAGGAAGCUACGAAGUUGGUCGAAUCGACAAGGAUUAUCCGUUUGUAGAUGCCCAUAAAGCGCCUUGCCUGGAAGUGGCAUGGAGCCCAUUCAACGACAACGUUAUCGCCUCCUGUUCCGAAGAUACUACAGCUAAG